UGACAGGAACGACCCAAUCCUAGAGCUGGACUGAGGUUGGGGGCGGGGACAGUGGUCCGAGUGGACUUGGGACUGGUGCUGUCCUGGGGGAGCUGGGUUGUGGAUGCUGCUGGUUCUCGUGCUGCAGUACUGGGUCGUCAGGCAGCGCUCCCUCUCUGUGAGGGGAAUCAUGAGCCGCUUCCUGAACGUGUUACGAAGCUGGCUGGUUAUGGUGUCCAUCAUAGCCAUGGGGAACACGCUCCAGAGCUUCCGAGACCACACCUUUCUCUAUGAGAAGCUCUACACUGGCAAGCCAAACCUUGUGAAUGGCCUCCAAGCCCGGACCUUUGGGAUCUGGACGCUGCUCUCGUCGGUGAUUCGCUGCCUCUGUGCCAUUGACAUCCACAACAAAACACUCUACCACAUCACACUGUGGACCUUCUUCCUCGCCUUGGGACACUUCCUCUCAGAGUUGUUCGUAUUUGGAACAGCAGCUCCCACAGUUGGUGUGCUGGCACCCCUGAUGGUGGCAAGUCUCUCCAUCCUGGGUAUGCUGGUUGGGCUCCGGUAUCUAGAGGCAGAACCAGGAUCCAUACAGAAGAAGAGAAACUGAAACUGAGGCCUGCCUUGCCACGUCCAAAACAUCGUUGUUUUCCGCAUUGGCUGUCUUCGUUCUUCAUCCUCUGUCCUUAAAUCAUUUCUUUUCAGCUGUGUCCUUAGUUCCUUCAUCUAAGUUCAGCAUCUUUAGCUUUUGGGGUUUGGGGUUUUUAAUGUUUUUAAAUAUUUAAGAUGUUCAUACAGAAAACCUAUGUAACACACACACAUAUAUAUAUAUAUAUAUAUAUAAUUUAGAGUCAUCUAAGAAAUAUUCUGUUACAUUAAUCAAAGUUAAGAAAUCCUCAGAAGCCCCCACACACACGCCCAUGUGCCCUCCCCUAGCUGGCUCCCUUUUCUGGUCUUUCAUUUUUUCUGUUUAUCGCCGUUCCUUGCUUUGACUUGUGUGGUGGGAACAUGAGAACUGUGAACUCAAGCUGCUGCCUGCCCGGAGCAGCUGCGACCAAGGGCUGCUUCCAGGGAUUGUCCACACAUACGGGCUUCUUUCUGCUGCUGGACCCCAAGACUCUGACCAUCCAAGGGACAGGCAGCUCUUCCGAGAAGGGCUGCCCUCCGUGUGAGCAGGACCAGGCUUCUCUUUUAUCUACAGCUGGAUAAAGGUUGGAAGAGUCUGGACUGUUUUUAGACCUUUCGGUCAGUUGUAUUUGUGUAAUGCAUUUUAUAAUAAAUAGAAAGACCUUC